AUGCUAUUGCGAUUACCCAAAAACCUUCACUAUCCUCUCACCAUCACAAAAAUUGAGAAACAUGUAGGAGAUUCUGUUUCUCUCAAUGACGACCUAUUGCUCUACUCCUACACCACAAAGGUCACGGUUGGCACUCGGUAUGGCGAUGAGGAAACUGAAGUCGACAAGAAAUUCGUCGCUCGCUUUCCUAGUACCCUCCAGGGCUCAAUCAAGGGAUGGAGAGUCUGGGAGGGAGAUGUCUUGACACAACCAGCAGAUAUCUGUGAAAUCGAGGAGGAAUGUCCUCAUACCGUCCAUUUCCUAGGCAUGUGCACCAACUGCGGAAGAGAUAUGACGACUGUCCAAGCAGGUAGCGAGACUACAGACGCCGAUCGAGCACCCAUUCGCAUGGCACACGAUACUCCCCAUCUGACCAUCAGCAAAGAAGAGGCCAACAGUGUUGACGAGGAAGCUAAACGCCGUCUUCUAUCGUCGAGAAAGCUGUCUCUUGUCGUUGAUCUGGAUCAGACCAUCAUACAUGCAGCUGUCGAUCCGACGAUAGCUGAAUGGCAGAAGGACAAGGACAACCCGAAUUAUGAAGCUGUCAAAGAUGUCCGCGCGUUCCAACUCAUUGAUGAUGGUCCGGGAAUGAGAGGUUGUUGGUACUACAUCAAGCUGCGGCCAGGGCUCGCAGAGUUUCUUGAGAACGUCGCACAACUUUUUGAGCUUCACAUCUACACCAUGGGAACUCGACAGUAUGCUCAGCAGAUUGCCAACAUUGUUGACCCAGACCGCAGAUAUUUUGGUGACCGGAUACUGAGUCGUGAUGAGAGUGGCAGCAUGGUGGCCAAGAACCUCGAACGCCUCUUUCCUGUGGACACCAAAAUGGUAGUCAUCAUUGACGAUAGAGGUGAUGUAUGGAAGUGGACCUCGAAUCUGAUCAGGGUGACACCCUUUGAUUUCUUCGUUGGUAUUGGAGACAUCAAUUCGAGCUUCUUGCCAAAGAAACAAGAAAUUCAAAGCACGCCCAAACUGGAAAGCGAUGAUGUCGUUACCAAUGGAACAGAUCAGAUUGAAGAAGACUCCCACCAAACCUCCAAUGGCGUUGGUGCUUCAACGGUCCUGGCUGAAGACGCUUCAUCUGCUCUAGAACAAUUAAUGGCCAUGAGUGGAAGCGAUGAUCCAGUUGUGCGCGAAUUGCAGACGAAGGGCCAAGAGGAAAUCAUCACUUCGCAACUUUCGGACAAGCCACUGCUAAAGAUGCAAUUGGAGCAAGAUGAGAAGGAUCAAGCCGAGGCAGUCGCUAACGGAGAUGCUCAGGCCUCCCAAUCUACAGACUCUGAUUCGAGUGACUCGUCAGAAUCGUCUGAGACCACCCCUACAGCAAGGCCCAAGCCACGGCAUAGCAUUUUGAAGAACGACGAUGAAGAACUGAUCCAUCUCGAAUCAGCCUUGACAGCUGUACACUCUGCAUUUUUUGCGGAAUAUGAUCGAAAGAGACUAGGGGGCAAAGGCGGUCGGGUUGCAGAACUUAUUGGGAAACGCAAGCCACCUCUACCCAACAAUGAUGAAGAAGAUAGCACAGCUGUGGACCUCUUACUGGUACCCGACGUCAAAAAGCUGAUGCCUCUAAUGAAGCAACGUAUCCUCUCAAGCGUCAAGAUCGUAUUCAGUGGGGUACUCCCCUUAGGAACCGAUGUCCAAAAUGCCGACAUCAGUAUCUGGGCGAAGAGCUUUGGUGCAUCCAUCACGGACAAAAUCACCCGGGAUGUGACGCAUGUUAUCGCAGUACGCCCAGGGACCGCCAAAGUUAAGCAAGCUGUGAAACGUGGAAUCAAGGUUGUAGGUACUCCUUGGUUGAUUGAAUCGAUGCAGCAGUGGCGCAAGCUAGACGAACGUCCCUACCUCCUGGAAGGUGUGGGUAAACAGAAGCUCGAACCGGCCAGUGAAAUGGGGGAUGACAUGGAAAAGUCCAAUGCAUCUUCGCGUAACUUUCUCCUCAGCUCUUCUGACGGAGAGUCAACUGGACUUGAAACCGAAGAUGAUCAACCAUCCAAAAAGAAACUCAAGUUAGACAUCUCAUCCUCGGCAAAUGUCGAAAAUGGUCAGGAAGACGAAUUUGUUGAUGACGGUAGCCCGCUGACCAUUGACCGAGACGAAUGGGCCGAUAUUGAUGCCGAACUCAAGGAAUUCAUGGGAAGCGAAGUCGAUAGUGAAAGCGAUACAGACUCUGUAGGGUCAGCUCUGAGUUUUAGGGAAAGACGAGCUGCAAAGAGGAGAAGAGAUGACUUCGAGGCCGAAGACAGCAAUAUCGAUGAUUCACCCAAGUCAAAGCGGAAGGUGACUGGCAGCGGACUCAAGUCAGUCCACAACAUCGACAGCCAACGAAACUCCGAGGCAGGCAAUACACCCAGUGAGCGCGAGACAGAAGAACAGAUCAAGCGUGAACAGGCGAAAGUCGAGGCUGUCGAAGAAAACGAGCUUGCUGAUGAAGAAGACUCAGAUGACGAGCUAGCCAGAGAACUUGAACGAGAACUUGACGAGGCUGACGCCGAGUUGGAGACGUCGAGAAUCCUGGGCUGA